GCUCCUUAUCCUCCACGCUCCUCCUCUGCUGACAUAAGCUUCCCUCUAAGCUGUGUGAGUUGUCUCCGAAGAACGCCUCAAGAGAUUGGUCUAAUCUGCCAGCGACACUGCAGCAGUCGGUCCUAACACAGAUUUUUAUGUUGUGAGUUGUUUUUAAGAAACAGUGUAGUGUAAUCUUGCCUUGUUAUUCAGUUGCUUUCUUUCUUUUUUGCUUGUUUGUUUGUUUGUUUGUUUGUUUGUUUGUUUGUUUGUUUGUUUGUUUUUUUCUUUAAUCAUAUGAUGAAACAACAAGCCAUGCUUAUGCGAGUAAUUAUGAAACGGGGUUGAACUAAAACGACACACCACAAAGGUUACUGGGUGAGACCCGUCCUCCUCCUGCCAUUGGCUUACGCAGCGUAGGAGCCACGGCCAAUAUGCGCCUAACUUGGCUGCGGUCGGCGGCGGAGCUCGUUGCGCUCUGCCGCUGCAUCAGAGCGCACAUCCACGCUGCCUCUGCCUCCACCGCCGGCGUUUUACUGCCCGUCCGGACACCAUCCUGGCUCCGGCCGGUAGGCGUUGCCUGACACCGUGUGAGGGGAACGCGAAAUUAUUCUUCAUUAGCAGCUGUUGUGAGAUGUUCUGCAUCUGCCAUGGCGAGAGCUCUGUUUCUGUGGGGCUUCUUCAAGAAGCCUCUGUACAUCCAGGCCAGAUUCUCCUACCUGCACAUCAAGUACCUGUUCUUCUCCUGGCUGGCAGUGUUCGUGGGGAGCUGGAUAGUGUAUGUAGAGUACUCGUCCUACACAGAGCUGUGUCGUGGGCAUGACUGCAAAAAUUCAAUAUGUGACAAGUACAGAAGAGGAAUCAUUGACGGCUCGGCCUGCAGCAGCCUGUGUGAGAAAGACACACUUUACCUGGGGAAGUGCUUUACUGCGAAGCCCAACAGCCAGGUUUACUCAGGGAGCUGGGGAGACCUGGAAGGGAUAAUUAAGUGCCAGAUGGAGGCAACUCCUCAUUACGAUUUGGGAAAUGAGAUGGAGCCUAGAAAAGAGGCUGUGUCCUUCAGCAAACCCACUAAGGGGACCUCAGUGGAAAAGUUCAGAGAGAUGAUCCUCAAUCACCUAAAGGCUAAAGUGGGGGAUCAGGCCAACCUUCCAGACCUAGCAACCCAAGUAUUAUCUAUAACGGAUGCCAAUAAGGACGGCCACAUCUCCCUGCCUGAGGCUCGUUCCACAUGGGCCCUGCUGCAGCUCAAUGAGUUCCUGUUAGCACUAGUUCUUCAGGACCGAGAGCACACACCCAAGCUACUAGGCUUCUGUGGAGACUUGUAUAUGAUGGAGAAGGUGCCACAUUCUCCUUUAUAUGGGAUAAGUCUCCCUUGGAUCAUUGAAGUGUGGAUUCCUGCUGGUCUGCGGCGCAGCAUGGACCAGUGGUUCACUCCCUCUUGGCCGCACAAGGCCAAGAUCUCAAUCGGUUUGCUGGAGCUGGUCGAGGACGUUUUUCACGGCACCUUCGGCAGCUUCCUCAUGUGUGAUGUGAGUGCCAACACUUUUGGCUACAAUGACCGCCAUGACCUGAAGGUGAUGGAUGCUCAGUACAUUGUUCCUGAAGCCAUAUUCCAAGAGAACAUCAGACAGCAGCGCUGCAACACGGACGAGGACUGUCUCUACGGGGCCGACUGCCUCACGUCCUGUGACCUCACCAAGCACCGCUGCACCCCCGAGGUCACCAGGCCGAACUUAGCCAAAGCCUGUGAGGCACUAAAGUAUUACAUUCUGAAGGGAGCACCAUCUGAUGUGAGUGAGGAGCUGGAGAAGCAGCUGUAUGCCUGCAUUGCACUGAAGGGAUCUGUGGAACAAAUGGAAAUUGAACACUCGCUAAUUCUGAAUAAUCUCAAGACUCUGCUUUGGAAGAAAAUCUCUCAUACUAAAGACUCCUAAUAAGCACAAAGAGCAAUCUGCACCAAUAACAUGGGCAUUCAUGUCAAAAUUCUCAUUAUAUCCAACUUUACAUAUAUUGUAUAACCAAACUGUUUUAUUUUGAUAGAAGGAAUGUGAAUGAAUCAUGUAAUGUUUAUGUUAGGCUAAGUUUCAUCUAAAAAAAACAGUAUGAAAAGACAAAAAAGGAGUCUGACAGAGUGAUAGAUUGCUUGGUUAAACAUUAUGUACAUUACAACCAUGUUUCCAAGAAAUACAUCAAACGCUGAUACUAAAUUGUAAAGAAAAUACACUUGGCAGCAGUUUAAUACACGCAAAA